AUGACAGAUGAAUUUGAUGAAGAAUCCUGGAAUAGUUUCAUGGCCAGAACAGAUCAAGCAGCUAAGAUUAUUAAAGGACUGGCAUCAAGUGAUAUUAAGAAAGUGAAACAUUCAUUAAAAAAGGCAAAAGAAGUACUAGGAAGAGUCAAAGAGAGCACUGAAAUCAAAGAAGAACUAAGUUAUGUCAAAGCAGAUAGAACAGUAAUAAAUCAUAAUGCAUUGAUUGAGAAGAAACCUGAGGAUCCAAAUACUAUGACUCAAGAAGCCUUCAUGAAGCAUGUUGAAAAAGACGCUGCUGAAAGGGCAGAACAGAGAAGGCUUGAUAAAAUAGAAAGUGACAGGCACAUGAAAGAAGGAAAUAAAGCUUUUCGAGGAGAAGAUUAUGAUAAAGCUUUGAGUUGCUAUAAUAAGUUUCUGGGAUUGAUGGAAGAGAAGUGGUUCCCCGCCAUGGCCUACAAUAAGGCUAUUGAUGCAUUGAGAGAUAGAAGCAUACUAUAUCUCAAUAGAGCCUUAACUCUUUUAAAACUUGGUCUAUGUCAACGAGCAUUAGCGGAUGCUGAAUUGGCUUUACGUAUCUCUCCAAAUAGCUUGAAAGGACUUAUGUAUAAAGCUGAGGCUCAUUAUAAGCUCGGUGAAUAUGAAAAAUCAGAUGAAACGAUUCUCGAAGCAUGUGAAGCACAUCCUAAUCAAGUUGCAUUAAUUAAAGAUCUUCAACAGAAAUGGACCGAUGCCUUAAAUGUUGGAAAACUGAAAUAG